GGAGGUGAGUGCGCGGCGCGUGGCGGGCGAGGCCGAGCCGCGGGCUUCCUCGGGUGGAGGCGACCCCAGGUGCGCCGGCCUCCAUUUUGUGUGCGGGAAUGCUGCGCUUGUCCUCCCCGGGUCGCGGCGCCGGCUCCCGAGCCGCCCCCUCCCAAGUCCCCACCGGGAGCCCCGGCGUCCUCCGGGUAGCGGGACCCGCGCGGCGUGGGGGUGGGGCGCGGGCUCGGGCUCGGGCUCGGCCGCGCAGCACCUCCCUCUCGGCUUGCCCGGACUAGGUAUUGUAUGAAGUCUUCGCUCCUCUAGAAUUCGGGUCAUUGCCGGUUUCUGUUCCAGGGUUCUUAGCCGUCCAUCACGCAGAGCUUGGAGAGAGGCCUGUGCCACCGGAGAUGGGAGGAUGGAUCGAGUCCGGGUUGGCUUGUGGCUCCGGGUUCUUCCAGUGAAUCUACCCUGUAUCCAGCUGCUGGGUAAACUGUCUUAAAACAGCUUUGAGUGCUUUCCCUGCUCAGGGCUGCUUAAUGGCUUUCUGCUAAUGUAUCAAAUAAGAGAAUGGCAUUCCCUGUGGAUUUGAUGGACAACUGCACACAUGAGGAAUUGGAAAAUUCUGCUGAGGAUUACCUCUCCAACUUAAGGUGUGGGGAUCCUGAAAAUCCAGAGUGUUUUUCUAGUCUCGAUAUUACGAUUCCUGUUAGCCUGUCUAAUGUGGGCUUUGUACCUCUCUAUGGCGGCAAUCAGACCCAAAAAAUUCUUGCUCUCUUUGCGCCAGAGGAUUCACUUACAGCUGUGGCACUUUACCUUGUUGGUCAGUGGUGGGCCAUUGAUGAUAUUGUGAAAACAUCUGAAACUUCUAGAGAAGGGCUGAAGCAGGUGAGCACUCUUGGAGAGAGAGUGGUUCUGUAUGUUCUCAAUCGAAUUAUUUAUAGAAAACAGGAAAUGGAGAGAAAUGAGAUCCCAUUCCUGUGUCAUAGCAGUACUGACUAUGCUAAGAUUCUGUGGAAGAAAGGAGAGGCCGUUGGGUUUUAUUCAGUUAAGCCUACAGGAAGCUUAUGUGCCUCAUUUCUUACUCAGAAUUACCAAUUGCCAGUUCUUGAUACAAUGUUUAUAAGGAAGAAAUAUAGAGGAAAAGACUUGGGGCUUCAUAUGCUGGAAGAUUUUGUUGAUUCCUUUACAGAAGAUGCACUUGGUUUACGGUAUCCAUUGUCUUCUCUCAUGUACACAGCUUCCAAGCAAUACUUUGAAAAGUAUCCAGGAGAUCAUGAACUUCUUUGGGAAGUCGAAGGUGUAGGUCACUGGCAUCAGCGAAUACCAGUCACCAGAGCAUUACAGAGAGAGGCUACUAAAGUUCCAGACAUUUCUCAAUAUGAAGCCAAAAGACCUGUGUCUGGAGAAUAUGGUCUUGCUGCUGUACCAGAAUAUGAACCUGGAAGGGAAGCCACUCAGUCUAGUGAGCUACAGAUCCAUUCCCUAAAAGAUGCCUUUGCUGGCACUUCUGAAGGUCCAGAAAAGACUCCUGUUUCCACUCGUACUCGGAGCAGCCAUCUAAAGCGACCAAAGAUUGGAAAGCGUUUUCAGGAUUCUGAGUUUAGUAGUUCUCAAGGUGAAGAUGAAAACUUUGCCCAGACUUCACCUACGGCUUCAGUAAACAAAAUAGAGUAUGCUGCACGAACAUCAGAGAGCUCAGAAGAAUUCCUUGAAGAAGAGCAUGAGCAGAGAGUGAUUGAAUUUGAGGAUGAAAGCAAUGCUAAAGAUGCACAGCCUACUCUGGAACCUCAGCCACGCCUACAGAAACAAGAUGUGGACAAAGAUUCUGCAUUAGAGCCUGUGAAUGGUGAGGUAAUGGAUGCUGCCCUCAAGCCCCCCCUUACAGCUGAAGAGGAGGACUCCACCAGUGAGGGUCUUGAAGAAGAGUUAAAGGUUCCACCUUGUAAUAAUAGUGGAGAGCCUGGGAAUCCUGUCCCCCUGGUAGCAGAAUCAUCAAAAGCGCCUGAGGCCACACUAGACAAGACCUCACCUGUUACUGACUCAGAAAUGUUGACCGAUCAAGGCCCAUCUGAUGAUAAAGGACAUACUGAAGAAAAUCUGUCACUAGUUUCAAAAAAGAAAACACUUUUGGGGAGCUCAGACAAUGUUGCCACUGUAUCAAAUGAGGAAAAGUCCGAUGGUGAUUUUCCAAAUUCUGUGGUACCAGAAUUUCCUGAAGAACCAGUCUCUCAGAAUUUAUCACCCAACACUAUUUCCUCGGUGGAAGACCAGGGUGAGGAGGGGGUACCUGAGGCCCAGGAAGCAUCAGCUACUCAGAGUUCUCUGAUAGAGGUAGAACUUGAAGACAUGCCACUUCCACAGAAUGCAGGACAGAAGAACCAGUCAGAGGAGCAGUCUGAAGCGUCUUCUGAGCCACUGGAACAGUUCACACAGGCAGCAGAGAAAGCUGUGGACAGCAGCUCAGAGGAGAUCGAAGUGGAAGUUCCUGUAGUAGACAGGCGCAAUCUGAGGCGGAAGGCCAAAGGCCAUAAGGGACCUGGCAAGAAGAAAGCCAAGCUGACCUGAAUGAAGGAGAAAUGCGUUCAUAAAUCCUCUUUGUUGUUGUUGUUGUUUUUAAACCAUGGUAAUUAAUAAACAGCAUGGGGCACAGGACAAAUUCUAAAAUUUUAAUUUGAACUUACUUACAGACGCAGGUUUUCUCUUUCCUUUAGAACAAGGUUUCACCAUUCCUUUUCAUUUUUCAGGCUAUUUCGUGUAAGUAACUUUUAUUUAUGAACUAUGUGUCAAUUUUGGAAAUCUAGGUCAUAUUUUUCUUAAGCAGGUGGAGCACCUUAUCAUUAAUGUUUUAAACAUACUACUAAAAAUAUAAACUAUUAGACUUUGAUCAUAGGAAUCUUUUAUACUAAGGCUUUUAAUGGUAAAACUUGGUAAGGGUUCUCAAAGUUUUAUCUUUGAGAUAAAACCAAUUUUUGAGUAUCAAAACGAAUCUCUUUUAAGUGUAGGCAUACCUAAUCAAAAUGAGUCAGUUAAUUAAAUAUAAUAUCAAGUAAGAGAAAAAAUAGAAAUUUAUGAUCAGUGGUUUAUGAAGACGAUUGUUUUUAUUUCUUAAUGUUCGUUGUAGUCUGUGAGAAGUAGUUUAGACUGCAUAUCAUCUGGUGUUAAUGGUACUGUUAAAAGAUUUAACUGUGGUGUGGGGGUACAUAAUCUAAAAUUUAAGUUUAACACUUUCACCUGAAGUAUUAAUUUGCUAUAAUUUUUUCUCUAUAUAUUUGUAGAUGCUGAAAAGCUUGAGUACACUUUUAUCUUUUAAACACCUCAAGUUGUUGGUUUAGCAUAUAGUUUAAUUUGGAAUGUGGUCUGAUCACAGAUAGUGCAGAAAUAUAGGCCCCUUCCUGAGCCUCCUUCACUCUGCUGCUGCUGUCUAAGUCACGGUGAUUCUUCUAUCAAAAGACCUCCACCCAGCUUGCCAAUUACACCCUUGUAUCCAUUGUUGGCUAGGUCUAGAACUGUAUCUGACCACCUUUAGACCCAGAUGGAAAGAGUAAAGCUGCCCUAUGAGAUGUACAAAUGCCUAAGUUCUGAGUCUGCUGUCCCUUUGGGUCUUGUAUGCUUUAGAUGUAUUCAGAGUACUGGUUGCAGGCUACCCUGUAUGUGUCCUUUAUUGCUAUGGCAAGAGGUUUUUUGUUUUUGUUUGUUUAAGACAGGGUUUCUCUGUGUAUCAUUGAUUAUCCUGUUCUGUAAACCAGGCAGACCUCCAGCUCAGAUCUGACUGCCUCUGCCUAUUGAGUGUUAGGAUUAAAGGCGUGCAGCACCCACCUGGCUAUUUGAUAUUUUAGAAAUACUUUAAAAAAAAUUUAAUGACAAUUAGUUUUAAAAUGAACAAAAUGGUUAUUCUUAGAAUUGAUAGCUUGUCAGUAGCACUUAGGGAAUACCAUGUACUUUGUGUUUCAGUUGGAGACUAUUUUAAGACCAAUUAGAUUUGUUUUUGAAACAGCUUGAACCUUAUGAGAGAAAUGUUGGGAGUUUGAAUCAUGAUUUGAAGUGCUGUGAGUUUAUGCUCAGUCCAGUCAGUCUUCAUUCAGCUGAUUGGUGAUUUCAUCUCUUACAUUUUAUUUAGGGAUGUUGAUAUUUUAGAAGUCUAAUUAAUUAGUUAAGAUCUUUAAGCAGCAGACCAAAUAGCAAACCCUUGUAUGAAGUCAGAACAGUUGCACUUACCUGUUUUCAUUUUGGUUAGAUGUUAGAUAAUUUCAUUCUAAGUGAAAAUUAUACUUUGAUCAUUUUUUUUUCGGUAAAUGCUGUUAUAAAAUAGAUCUUACUAACUCUAGUGAAUUUGCCAAAUGCUGAUGCUGUUUUACACAUUUAGAGAAAUUUGUUAAUAUCUCAACUAGGGAUAGUAACUGAAGGGUCUGUUAAGAUUCGGGAAUUUAAAUCCUGUUUUUCAUUUUUAACACACAUUUAAAAAUUUCUGGGUAUGUUAUAUUGUUUUGUUGUUUUGGCUCUUGUUCCCCUUCCAUUACAUUCUUUAAAUGAGUGUUUUAGGAGGUUGUACUCACUGGCAGCUCAAUGUAUGAAUAGUUUCGAGAGUUAAAGGAAAAUAUUCACCUAUCACACUGGGUACUAGCAGUAUAAACUUAUACUUCCUAAACUUGUUUGAUAUAAAUGGGAUUCAAAGCAGUUUCAAAACAUUUCCUUCCGCAUACAAGAAAACUUGUUACUUGUUGUCUGUGACAUAAGUUAGUUUGUAUAGAUCAUAGAGGAAAAGUUAGGUCACAGGAAAAAUCUUUCAUAUUCAGUAACAUGUUUAUAUAAAGUUUGUAACAAGAGUUUCAUGUUCAGUAGGGAAUCUAAUUAAAUGUAGGUUUUGCAAGGCAUGAGGACUGCGGUGAUUUCAAGCAGCUGUUUGUUGAGUGCUCAGUCCCGUUCUGUAGUCUGUUUUGAACUGGUACUUCCUGUUUGAGUCAGGAUUGUGGAGGAGGAAGCUCCCUUCUGGUGUAUAUACAUAUAUAUUUCCUUAUGUAACAUAGCAGAUGAGUAUUACCAGACGUUUAGUUCUACUUUCAAACUUAAACUACUGUUAGACCACACAAAAACUUAUUUAAGAAUUUUAUUGUAAAGCUCCUUUAAAACUUUUAAAGAGAUUCUAUUAUGAUUUUUUAAAUAAAAUCAAACGGCAUGACUUAGAAUGUCA